UGGAAACCGACGGCGAAGUUCAGGGCCAAAAAACCAUGAGCACUUCCACCUCCUUCCGGCUGCGGAGUCCCAGCCUGAACUCCGUCCGCCUCCGCCGCAUUUUCGACAUGUUCGACCGCAACAACGACGGGAUGAUCACGGUGGACGAGCUGAACCAGCCGCUGAACCUCCUCGGCCUGGAGACCGAUCUCUCCGAGCUCGACUCCAUGAUCCGGUCGUAUAUCAAGGCCGGCAAUGUGGGCCUCACGUUCGAGGACUUCGAGGCCCUCCACCGCUCCCUCGACAACGUGUUCUUCGGCGCCGACGAGGGGGGAGACGGCGAGGCGGUGAUCUCCAAGGCGCAGGAGGAGGCGGAUAUGAAGGAGGCUUUUAGGGUGUUUGAUGAGGAUGGCAAUGGAUUUAUAUCGGCGAGGGAGCUGCAGGCCGUGCUUACCAAGCUGGGAUUGCUGGAGUCCACCGGCGGCAAUGAGAUCGAUAGAGUGGAGCAGAUGAUAGCGUCGUAUGAUCAGAAUCGCGAUGGGCUUGUGGAUUUCAAUGAGUUUAAGGAUAUGAUGCGCUGUGUCAUACAAAAGAAUUGACCAAACUCAAUCAGGGAAAAGAACAUCUGUCAUAUCAUUGAUUAUACAUAGGAUUAA